CAGCAACCAGGCAGGCAGCAAGAGUUUCCUUCCUCCCUCUUCUCUCUCUCUCUCUUUCGAGCUCGUCAAGUGUCUGCUGCUUCCAUCAUCAUCAUCAUCGCCAAGUAAACUUUACCAAAAUGAUGGUGAUAAGAAGGUUAAAGAUAAGCUGAUGGUGGUGGUGGUGGUAUCAGUGCUGCUGGGUGAUAUGGUGGUGGAAAAGAACAGGAAGGAAGUCAAUUGGAUGGAUUCGUUGUGACAUUUGAGAGGAGAGGAGAAUAAGACAUAUUUAAGCAGUAAGUGUUCAAAUGAUUGAGGGGAAAAUUUUGCUCAAUAAAAUCAUCGAAAAUAUAAAAAGUGCUUUGUUAAAUUCAAACGGCAGCAACAUCAAGACUGUGAAGAAUAGAAACAUCAAAGAAUCAGCGCCGUAAAUACAUUAUGACGACGCAGUGUCGAGUAGCGGAGUUGGAAUUAUUAGUAAGUCGACCAAGAUAGUGCAAUAGCAGUGCUACUACAACAUAGAUCUAACUACCCUCGGAAAUAUUAUCUCCAAAACCGUACAGGCAAGGAAGGAAUUGCUUAUUGGGAACAUUUCUUUUUGCCCUAGUAGUGCCGAGUUAAAAGCCAAAAAGUCCAGAGUCUAUCAUUAAUUGAUUAACUCCAACAACAAAACAAAAGAGAUCCCAGUGGACCUGUCAUCUUCUUCAUCUCACCCAAAAAACCUUUCCCCGUCAACAUUUCAAGUCUCAGUGGUCUGCUGCAUAUAAGAAUAAGGAAAGAUUGAGUCAGGUGCACAAAAUUCUCAUCAAGCUGUAUCACUGCCUCCGGGCAUUUGCCAUACCUGAAACGAAACGUAGCUGGAGAGAAGCCAACACCAAACUGGAAAUUGACAUUCAGCUCAUUCUUCAUCAUUUCACAAAACAUCGUCUUCGUCGUCGUCCAGCAAAGCCAGACGACUCCUCGCAGCAGCAACAUCAGCAACAAGUAUUAACAUUGAAUGGCCAUUAAAGAAACGAGGAGGCUCGCUAAUACAUGCAUGAGUUGACGUAAUAACAAGAAGAAGAAGAAAGAAACAAGCAGCAGGCAGGGUGCAAAAAAUCUCGAAACCAGUUGCUGAGUCGUGGUUGAUUUGAUGUUCGAUUGUGCCCACGACGAUCACGAAACGAACCAGCAAGAGAUAGAUACCACUACUAUUACCAGUUCCAAGCAACUUAUAAAAUACCAUCCAAUCAUAUUCGCAUUUUUGCAUUUUUAAGGAAAAGCCUACAAGAUUCGCACUCCCAACAUCCUCCUCUCCCUGCCUGAAUUCACUCGAGAGAAAUGAGAAGUGCCAUUGCAAACCAACAACCAGGGUCCAAUCGUCCAGCAUUUUUUAUCAAUUGCUGCUGCUGCUACUGAUGACGAUGAUGCUAUUCGCCAUUUCCUCCAGCACUAGCAACCCAUAUAAUUCCAAGAUUCAAGAUCAUCACACACACUGCUCUGUGUAAAGUUAUUGCGUUUAAAAUCCUUGUGUCUCUGCCAUUUGGAACGUGUUACAUAGUGGUGGUUAUAUAUACGACGACGACGACUUCUCAAAUCACUUGUGGUUUGUUAUCUAUCUGCAAUAUCAACCCGAACGGGAAGCCAGCCUCCAACAAAACACUGAAAAAAAGAAGCCUUCAGAUUCCUGGACGAUUUAAGUUAACAGUCACCCACUAAAGGCUACUUCAUCAUACAUGCAUAAAUUCCCAACACAACAAUUGAAUCGAAUGAUAAAUAUUGCAGAACAAGAGGCACCAAAACGACGCUGAUAUAGUACAAUAGUAGCAGUUCCAAUUCAAGCACUCACGAGCAGAUUAGAUAACAUACGGUGAUGAUGAGUGAUAAUAAGUUGUGGGAUUUGUGCUACUAAUAUUAUUAUUACGGGGCUGGACGAACGAGGACACUAUAUACAACUAGAUUUUUUAGAGGAUAACCUCUGAUAACUUGAUUGGACUGAUUUCUCGUGGCAGCUGAAGAUAAAGAACAAACCUUCAUUAUAUCAUAUAGUGGUACAGAUAGAAGAGGAAAUUGAGUUAUUAUUACAAUUUAACAGCAUUAUAUUAUUACAAUAACUCGGGAAUUCGCCAGCCAUAGACAACGAAUUAAAGACAACGGAUACUACAAUUAAUUGCAAUUAUUGAGACGGCUCAACCGCCACGUGUUCACUAUUGUUAGACGGCAAGCAGGAAGGGAAAGGUGCUGCUGCAUAAGCCAUAUAGACAGGAAGUGUCAAUUCAAGGUCCUUCUCUUCUUCGCAGGAUCAGUCUUUGCAAUUGUUUCGCUAAUAACCCUCUGCAAGCAAAAUGAUGGAAUUUGAGAAGUUCAAUUCCUACCGAGGCCACGGCCAAUUUCCGGGCAAACGAGAAAGGGAAUUGACCAUGGAUCCAUCGUUGUCGAUAACUUGUGUCGCUGAGGACUUGUCGUUGCCUUCGAAAAAGAAGCGAAAAUCAGUACCCAAUUCGAUUAAUAAUAUCUCCUUCGAUGCCAGGGCAAUGUGCGACAAAGCAGAAAAUUCCAGAUUGCCGGAAGGAACAUAUCUGAAAACUGGGGUCAUCACUCAAAUUAUGGAUAUUCAACAACCAGUGUCAACACUCCGGACAAAUUUAGAAACAGAGUUAGGAAUUGAUCUUUCAAAUUGUCAGAUUUGGCUUCAAGAUAAAAUGAAGCUUUCAGCUCACAUGUCUUUGGGAGAGCAGUGCAUUCAAAGUGAGGGAAUGGCUCAAGUCAAAUUAGAGUUGAACCACGUCGCUGGGCAGAAUCGGAUCAAUAUCGUCGACGUUUUGCGUUGUCCAAAUGAAUACGUUGAAGUUGAAGAAGAUGAUAACAGCAGUACAGCAGAGGACCUCUCUCUCAAUGGUUGUAAUUCCGUCGAUGAAGAUUUGUGCAAUGAAACUAUUCCAUCAAAGUGGAUGAUUUAUGAAGACAUAAAUUCAUUGUUUCCUAUUUCACUUCCAAGUGAUCCAUCACAAUGGACGGAAGUCCACAUAAUUCACUGGUUGACUUGGGCCAUUAAAGAGUUCAAAAUUAAACAAUUGUCCGAUGCAUUUUGGACCCUCACCGGAAAGCAGUUGUGUCAGAUGACACAAGAAGAAUUUCGAAAAUGCGUGCCUUAUGAUCCUCAAAAUCUAUUUUGGACACAUAUUGAGUUGUUAAGAAAAUGCCAUGUUUUCGCGGUUGUGGACAAGGUAAAUCACCGAUCGACCACUUCUCCUGUGUUACCUGAAGUAGCUGUUGCAGUUUUAGAGCCUCCUCGACAAGCUCAAAAAGCAGCACGUAAACCAAGAACACCAUCGUCGUCGUCUUCUAAUUCCAGUACCAAUGGCAGCCUUCAAAUUAGUACUAAAAAGCCAACAAUGACGGGACAUAAUGGCCAAAUUCAGCUAUGGCAAUUUCUUUUGGAACUUUUAGGCGAUAGGUCGAGAAAAGACGUUAUUCAAUGGGUGGGUUCAGAUGGAGAAUUCAAGCUGAAUGAUCCUGAACUUGUUGCUCAAAUGUGGGGUGAAAGGAAGAAUAAACCAAAAAUGAAUUAUGAAAAACUCAGUCGAGCUUUGAGAUAUUACUACCACGACGGAAUGAUUGCAAAGGUUCAUGGUAGGAGAUUUGUGUACAAGUUUGAACGCAAACUCAAGGAACUUAUGGGACUAACAACAGAACAGUUAAUGUUACUAAACCCCGACCUGUCUCCGGAUUCUACAAGAAGCGCAGAAAUCUAGGAAUAUUUUCUGGUUGUUAAUUGUUGUUAAUCGUCAUUAUUAUUAUUAUUGGAGAGCAGUAGUGGUAUGGAUGAAGACGGAGGCGUUAGUAGUGGAUAUCACGACGACCCAUGGCGUUACUUCAACUACUAUUAUUACAUAAGCUAUAACGAGUUGGGGAUGCGUUUUCGUUUAUCUGGUCAUUUAAAGUAAAGAGUGUGCCAUAUGCUACGGCUUGGAACGGGAUUAUAUAGAUUGUGAACUCAAAAAAAUCAAAACUCAUGAAACGUUUCUUUGUGUCAUUUUGCGUGCGUUUAGAGACAAUUAAUUAACACUGAGGGGCCAUUUAAUGCUAGUUGAAUCUUCUAUAUAUUUUUAUGUAAAUAGUACUUUAGCAAGUUAUAAAUGUAGCAAUGUAGAUCUACUUGUAAUAACCAUAACUGGCAUAUUAAACGAUUUCUAAGAGAACUUGCGCAUGUCCCUUUAGAGUCAGUUGCAGCAUUAUAUUGAUGAUAUAUAAUUUUCGAUUGCGCUGCUAGUGGGGUUUGUAUAACAAGUGUAAAUACGCAAAAGUGUGCUCGAAUCAAAUGUGUUCGCAAUUAGAUGUAAAACAAAAUAUUAUUAUCAUGACUUGAUUCAUGUUCAUCACGUUACUUGUAUAUUGUGCUCUUUCAUUCCUUGAAGUGACUUUAGAAUCCAAAAUGAGUAUAAUUUUUGACGAAUUCAGCCAGCCAUCGAAGACAGCAUGCAUGUAUUCAGAUUAGUAGUACAACGAUAUUCUUACUUCUCCUUGUUUGUUGUUUUAUAAAAAAUCUUUGAGUGCUGUAUCGUCUUCUGUUUUCGGAAACGGAUAUGACGCUGUGGUUGUUUUUUUAUAUAGGAAUUGUAAUUUGUACAACGAAUUAUUACUUGAAACAGAUGAGUUUCAUUCGUGCAGCUUUAAAAAAACGAAUGACUGCCCUUGUGUUGUUUAGAUUUAUUAUAUUGUCGUCAUUAUUAUUUCGGUUGUCUAAUUGUUCGAGUUUAAUCAUAAAUAAUGUUAACGUUAGUCGUCCAACACCCAAUAACUAACUACUAGGCAUAUCAGCAGUCCAACGACAGCCCAAUUUUUUGAUCAUUUGUAACUAUACAUUCCGAAGAAUAGCAUACCAAACCCUAUUUGAUAAAAUAAUCUGCAGUCGCGCGUAGAGGGUAAGAUAGAUAUUUACUAAAGAAAUAUAAUGCCACGAUGAUAAGUAUAUGCAUUUACAUGAUUCAUAAUAAUCGAGGAGUAUACUUGUCCUGGAGAAAGUACGAAACUAAACUAAUCCAUAUCACGAUAUUUUAUUUCAGGAAAUGUGAGUACAUAAUGAACGUAUGUAUAAUAAGUAAUAGUGAUAGUGAUAUGAAAAACAUAUUCAAAUAUAAUAUACAAAAAUAAUACAUGCAUAAUACGUGUGGACAGAAACAUCACUCUAAUUGACAAUACCUCAGUUCUUCAUAAUAACUACUAAUUAAGUAAGAAAAUGUCCAUGCAAAGUACUGCACUUUCAACUGUAAGAGUUGUUCUAUUUUAAAAUAUAUAUAAAAAGAUGUUGACAAAAAGAAAGUAAUUUUAACACGAGAAAAUAAAAUAUUAUCCUAAUAAUUA